AUGGAUGCGCAUACUCUUGUCCUCGAUGCUUACGAUGUCUUCCGCAGAGUCGACACAGUCGAGGAGGCUGUCCGGACCAAGGCGUAUGCCACAUUUGCCACUCUUCGCCGUCUGAGGAUUAUCCCGCAGUUCGGGGACAGACAACCGUAUGGCGUUCAGUGCGCCGCAGAGACGCCUCUGCUCCUCAGACUGCUUGCCGGACUGGAAGAGCUGAAGAAGCGCGGUAUUGGUCUUGAAAUGGUCAAUUUGGCAGCGGAGUGGAUGUCCAUUUACGAGGCCGUUGCUCUUGGUACGAAGCUGCAGUUCAGGGAAUAAGUUUCUUCGCGCGAUUGACUGAUC